CACUCAAUGUUUUUCUUUUAAUUGUAGAUAAAAUCAAAAGUUACAUCCUGUUACUUUUAGUUUAGAUGACCACAAACUCUUCCUUAACACAAAACAAAACCAAAGAUGUGCAAAAAAGCAUAAAACGAAGCAGAACUUCCGUUAUGAAGCAACAACCACGUGUACAGAACCAUUUCACAUGGUCUCCACUUUGCUUAAAGUCUCAACAGAAGAACCUGCAGAACGUGAGAAAGAAUGGCAUCAAAAACAGUUCAGAUGGUAUUUGUGGUUCUCGGCGCCAUCGGGCUGAUUCUGGUCAUUACCUGCUGCGCCCUCCCUGAAUGGGCUGUUGCACAUCAUGAUGAUACGGAAGCUCAUGCAGGUCUGUGGAAGAUAUGUGUGAAGCAGAGAACUGGACUGCAGGUGUGCGGACCGUUUGAGAGCAUGACUAAAGUUUCACCGCCUCAAGCCUCCCGGGCUUUGAUCGUCAUCAGCUGCAUCCUCGGUAUUCUCAGCCUCCUCCUCCUGUUCUUUGGUUCUGACUUCACCCCAUGUGUUCAGAACCAAGAUACCAAGACCAAAAUGAUCCUGGCUGCCGCAGUGGGCCUGAUGCUGACCGGCCUGCUGGUGAUCAUCCCGCUCAACUGGGAGACAAAUGCACAGGUGGAGGGAGUGAGGAUGGGAGCGUGCAUCUAUAUCGGCUAUCUAACUGGUUUGACGUUGAUACUGACUGGAGUUCUGCUUUGCUGUUUCGGCAGACCGGGAUCCAGCAGCCUUGGAGGAAUAGUCAGCUGCUUAAGCAACAGAGUUUAAGCUAAUUAAUUUAGAGUUUUUAUGGAAGGCACUGCUGUCCAAUAGACGGGUAGACAAGGGAGUUGAUUUGGUAAAAACUGGGAAGACGAUGUGAAAUUAUCACUUUCAUACUUCUACCAUUCAAUGCUGGAAGGCAUGAAAUCUGUAAGACAUGUGACUUUUAUUUCCAGAGUUUUUCUUAAAUGUCACUUAAAACUUGACUUCACAAAGAUCCCAAGCAGAAAAAUUAAAUUCAUAAAUGUCUGUAUGCAGAACAAUUUCAUUUCAGUGACCUUUUGAUGCAUUUUCUGUUUGCUUAUUAAAACCAUUUUGUUUUUUCAUGCUUUCUUAAUUCCAGUUUAAAAAACUGUCAACAUAAUUACUAACCAGAUUUGCUUCAGCGAACAAUUUCAUGAUGUUUCUCAGUUUUCUGCUUUAUUUUCUAUUAAUAAAACAUUUACUGUUACUAUUUCUGUUUUUGUACCAUAACCACAACUGAUCAUUAUCUUUGGUCAAAUUCAGAUGUGAUUGGAAAAAUAAAUAUGAUGUAUCAAAAAUGUAAUCAACUUACAGAAAACUUUACUUCAACUGUUUGAUUCUUCAUCUCAUAUGCAAAAGAAUAUUGUAUUAGAAAAUGAUGCAAACCAUUCAAAUAAUGUGUUACCGUCUGACUUUAUCUUAUCUUAUAUUUCAUCUUUUGCUUCUGACUUUUUCAUUUGCAAAUAGAAAAUAAAAAGAAAAGUUUUUGCAAAUUUUUCAUAA